AUGCGCAUCCGGUCUACAUCAUUCCCAUCGUGUUUCCUGUCCGUCCGGUCUCCAUCAUGCCCGUCCGGUCUCCAUCAUGCCCGUCCGGUCUCCAUCAUGCCCGUCAAGUCUCCAGCCCGUCCUAUCUCCAGGAUGCACGUCAGGUCUCCAGUAUACUCAUCAAGUCUCCAACAUGCUCAGCAUGUUUCAUGCCCAUCCGGUCUACAGAAUGCCGUCAGGUCCUCAGUAUACUCAUCGGGUCACCAUCAUUCCCAUCUAGUUUCAUACCCAUCCAGUCUCCUCUAUGCGCAGCCGGUUUCAUGUCCAUUCAGUUCUCAAUAUGCCCGUCAGGUUUCCAGUAUGCUCAUCCGGUCACCAGCAUUCCCACCCGGUUUCAUGCCUAAGCGCGCAAAUGCACCAUAUUUGACUUUCCGUCUCUCUCUCUCUCUCUCUCUAUCUCUUCACCUCUCGCUCCGUUCUUUCUCUUCUGACUUGUCUUCCGCUCUCUCUCUUCCCAAUAUUUUUCUUUCUCGUUUCGCUUUCCCUCCCACUUUCUCCCUCUCUCUCACAUUCUUUCCUUUCGCUCUCCCUCCUACUUUCUCCCUCUCUCUCACAUAUUAUCUUUCCGUCUCCCUCUCUUUCUAUUUCUUCACCUCUCGCUCCGUUCUUUCUCUUCCGGCUUCUAUCUUCCGCUCCCUCUCUCCCCAAUAUUUUUCUUUCUCGUUUCGCUUUCCCUCCCACUUUCACCCUCUCUCUCACAUUUUAACUCUCUCUCUCUCUCUCUCUCUCUCUAUUACUUCACCUCUCGCUUCGUUCUUUCUCUUCCGACUUCUCUCUUCAGCUCUCUCUCUCUCCCUCCCCAAUAUUUUUCUUUCUCCUUUCGUUCUCCCUCUCAAUGUAUCAGCCCCUUUUUCUAUCUGCCUCACGCCUCCUGUUCUCUCUCUCUCUCUCUAUUUCUCCACCAAAAGAAAAAAAAAACGCUCUUCUUUCCACCUCUCCCUUAUUUCACCUCUUUCCACCUCUCUCUUUUCACCAUUCCCUCUUCCCACCUCUACCUCUUUCCAUCUCUCCCUCUUUUCACCAUUCCCUCUUCCCACCUCUACCUCUUUCCAUCUCUCCCUCUUUUCACCUCUCCCUCCUCUCUGCCACAACACUAUCUAUCUAUCUAUCUAUCUAUCUAUCUAUCUAUCUAUCUAUCUAUCUAUCUAUCUCACUCAGUUCAUAUCUAUCUAUCUAUUACAUUCAGUUCAUAUCUAUCUAUCUAGACCGUUCGAGAAGAUUAGCAGGGCGAUAAUACGAGGGAUCUAUCUAUCUAUCUAUCUAUCUAUCUAUCUAUCUAUCUAUCUAUCUAUCUAUCUUCUUCUUCUUCUGCCUUGUUCUUUAACCCUUGGAGUAGUCACUAUCUAUCUAUCUAUCUAUCUAUCUAUCUAUCUAUCUAUCUAUCUGUUUUGGUAA